AUGCUGCCCAACGACACUUUGCUGAGCAAGUACAUGAAAAUUUUUACCGUUGUCUGUAUUUAUUGGGUGAUCUCAAUAUUAACUGUGUUUGUCAACAAAACAUUAUUAUCAAGUAAAUAUUUGAGUCUAGAUGCUCCAAUGUUUGUUACUUGGUUCCAAUGUCUUACGAGUGUCACAAUCUGUUUUGUUCUUAGCAAGUUAGCGAAAUUAUUCCCAUCAGCUAUAUCAUUUCCAGAUGGCAAUCCUUAUACAAUUAAUAACAUCAAAAAGAUUCUUCCACUUUCAAUUCUAUUUACUUCAAUGAUUGCAAGUAAUAAUUUGUGUCUUAAAUAUGUUGGAGUUGCAUUUUAUUACAUUGGAAGAUCACUGACAACCGUAUUCAAUGUAAUAUUCACUUAUUUUUUACUCGGUCAAAAAACAUCACUUGGAUGUAUCGUUUGCUGCGGAGCGAUAGUCGGAGGAUUCUGGUUAGGAGUAGACCAAGAAAACAUCGCAGGAUCACUAUCAAUAAUCGGAACAUUCUUCGGAGUUCUAGGAUCCUUGAGUUUAUCACUCUACUCAAUUUACACUAAGCGAAUACUACCGCUGGUUAAUCAAGAAAUCUGGCUGCUCUCUUAUUACAACAACGCCUACAGUAUUUUCCUGUUCAUUCCCUUGAUGGCUUACAACGACGAGUUCAAUACGCUCUUGAACUACGAGAAACUCGGCGAGUUGGACUUUUGGCUCCAAAUGUUGGUCGGUGGCCUCUGUGGUUUCGCCAUUGGUUAUGUUACAACCCUGCAAAUUCAAGUGACCUCUCCGUUGACGCACAACAUCAGUGGGACAGCAAAAGCUUGUGCUCAGACUGUAUUGGCCUCUUAUUGGUAUAAUGAGUCCAGACAGUGGCUUUGGUGGGUUAGUAAUUUUAUCGUUUUAGGUGCAUCUGCUAUUUAUGCGCGACUCAAACAAAUUGACAUGGACAAAAAUCAUAGAAAAGAUCAAGUUUUGUUACUCUAUAAGAAAUAA